AUGGUCAGCCUCACCACCUCGGACAACGAGCAGUUCACCGUCGAUCGCGACGUCGCCGAGCGAUCUGUGCUCAUCAAGCAGAUGCUUGAAGACAUCGGAGACACCGAUCAGCCCAUCCCGCUGCCGAACGUGUCUUCCAACGUGCUCAAGAAGGUUCUUGAGUACUGCUCUCACCACCGCAGCGACCCUCCUGCACCCGCCGACGACGCCGAAGAGUCGCGCAGACGUACCACUGACAUCUCGGACUGGGACGCAAAGUUCAUUCAGGUCGACCAGGAAAUGCUUUUCGAGAUCAUCCUUGCUGCCAACUACCUCGACAUCAAGCCCCUCCUCGAUGUCGGUUGCAAGACUGUCGCCAACAUGAUCAAAGGCAAGACACCCGAAGAGAUCCGAAAGCUCUUCAACAUUCAGAACGACUUUUCACCAGAAGAGGAGGCACAGAUCCGAAAGGAAAAUGAAUGGGCCGAGGACCGUUGA